CGCUCCUUUCUUGUUUUCCCACGCAGAGAAUUUGGCAGAGAGGAGAGAAAGCUGUGUGGAUCUGUGGAAAGAAGAGGAUGAAGAAGAUGGAGGAGACGAUAUCGAUGCUCAGCAAGAGCCUCGGAUCCUUCUGCAACCACUUGCAGACCAGUGUCGACGCCCUCAAGCAGUCGAUCGACCGCCGCCCCAUCCCUCUCGAUUCAGCUUCGUCGACCUUCAUACAGUCCCUGAACCGUCGGGUGUCGAGCUGCAGCAACGACCUGAACAUGCUGGAUUCGAUGUCGUUCGGGACAGUGUCGUUUGAAGAGCUGCUGGGUCACUGCAACGAGGUCUUCAAAAUGAACCAAAACGCCCUCAUUGAGCUUGAAGAUCGUCUCAGGAGCUUCGGAUACGAUCCCGUGGUUGAUAUUGAAGAAAAGGAUGAGGUUUCCGAUGCGUCAACUCCUCUUGAGAUGGACAAGCUGUCUUCUUAUGCCCCGAGAGUCUUUGCUGCAAGCUCUACAAUGAACAGCCUUGAAGAGGACCUUCUACUUGAUGAAUCACUGAGUUUGAAGAAUCUUGGCAUUUCAGAUGUAUCUCUGGCUACAUUAGCUUCUGAAGCAAACAGUAAAACUAAUGAAUCAGAUUUAUGCUCGAGGCAACCAAUGAAAUCCUUUGAGAGCAAAACUGAUUCUGUGGAGCGGUCAUCUCAAUCUGCAACAGCAACUGAAGAAGAUCUUGUGAAACCUGUAGAAGCUCCUACAUCUAUGGUGAAGGUGUCAAAAGAAGAUUACGAAAGCCUGCCUUCCUAUUUGAAAGCCCUAGCAUCACGGGAGGAUUUGCUUGAUGCUGUUGAUAAGAUCAAUACAAGCCUAUGCAAGAAAGGGAGCGCAACAGGAGCAAGCCAUUUCUUUCAAGAUGAAAUAUCAUCUAUGUCAUUAGGUCCAAAGGCGAGAUCUUAUCUGCUACUGCUAGUACGUAUGAAAAAGCUGGUUGUUGAGACUGUCGAUGGUCUGAUAGCAUACGGGCUAUUAUAAGCUUCAACAUCCCCAUGGCAGAUCGUAUAAUGCUCGACCUUCUCACGAGUGACGCUCAGCUUUUGUACCCUCAUCUAAAUUAUAAAUUGUAUCUUGCCGAGCACUUAUAAUAAUUGAUGAUGGAUUGAUUAAUUGUUUCAUGACUUAAUCGUGGUUAA